AUGUCUGAUUCCCACACACUGACUUCCUCGUCAACCGACGCCUAUUAUUCGGCCGAAGAAAACUACUCAGAAGCCGAAGGUGCUCCUUCUGUCAACUCGGCCGAUGAUGAAGAUGCUUAUGCUGCCGAACCAGAGACUCUGUCCAUUCAUACGCUGCAGAACGAGCACGCUGCUACCACUGGCGGUGGCGCCAGUGCAUACCAUGGUCUCAGUUUAAGCAGGACUUUGUCCAGCAUGACCUCUAGAACCAGUAGGUCAAGCGUAAGACCAGCUGGACUGAGCAACGACGAUGUGGAAGAGACUCAAGAUGCUCUUAUCAGAACCCAGACCAGACAGUCCAUUCUCGAGGUUUUGUCAAGAAGGGCCACCGAGACCGAAGCCAGACUGGAGAGCAUGAGCCGUCGUGACUCUCUGUUCCAGAAGGACAUUGAGACUGGUAAGAACGCCGAAAUGGAGAGUCAGAAGUUUGAAGAGGAUGCCGGUGACGGUGCUGAGAAUAUUCCUGGUUCUGGAAUUCAAGCCGAGGCUGGUGGUCAGGAAUUUUUGAGUCUUGACCCUAACUUGAUUGCCUGGAAUGGAAUUGAUGAUCCAGAUUAUCCUAGAAACUGGAAUAAUGGGCGGAAGUGGAAGGUUACUCUCUUGGUCGCUGCAUACACCUUCAUGUCUCCACUCGUAUCCACCAUCAUUUCGCCUGCAGUUGCUAAGAUCGGAGUCGAGUUCCAUGAGUCGAACUCCACGAUCCUAGCUCUAAUUGUUUCGAUCUACAUCCUGGCUUGGGUUUUCGCACCUCUUUUUGUCGCCCCGUUGUCGGAAAUGUACGGUCGUUCCAUCGUGUUAAAUGUUUCCGUCUGGGCUUUGCUAGUGUUCAGCAUCGGUGUCUCCAGAACCCACACCGUCGCGCAAAUCUGCGUUUUGAGAUUCUUCUCGGGUGCCGCUGGAGCUGCUCCUCUGUCUUCCGGAGCCGGUGUCAUUGGUGAUCUGUUCGAUGCUAAAACCAGAAACGCAGCCAUGGCUGUGUAUGCUGUUGGACCAUCCUUAGCCCCAGCUCUGGCUCCUGUUAUCUCUGGUUUCAUCACAGAGAAUUGUGGCUGGAGAUGGGUCAUGUAUGUCUCCAUCAUUGCUGUUGGAAUCAUGGCUGUUCUAGGUCUCAUUUUCUAUGAAGAGACCUAUCCACCAACUCUUCUCAGAAGAAAGGCCGCAAAGUUGAGAAAGGAAACUGGAAACCCGUACCUCAUCACCAUUUACGACAUUGCGAGCGGUGAGACUAAUACGGAAAGGUUUAUCUUCAACAUCGAACGGCCGCUCAAGCUUUUAUUCACGCACCCAAUGGUGUUUGGAUUGGGAGUAUUCAUGGCCUUCUGCUACGGAUUCAUGUACUUGUUGUUGGUGACUUUCCCAGGUGUAUAUGAAGGCAGUUACGGCUUUUCCCUUGGAAUCGCUGGAUUGAUGUAUCUACCUCUUUCCAUUGGUUUCUUGGCUGGACUGUUGUUCUGGACCAAGCUGAUCGAUCAUUACUACUUCAAACUAACAGCUGCCAACAACGGAGUCCCCAAGCCGGAGUACAGAUUGCCAAUUCUCAUCUUUGCCGGUAUUGGUAUUCCAAUUUCGUUGUUCUGGUACGGCUGGUCUGUGGAGAAGAAGAUCCACUGGAUUAUGUCCUGUAUUGGAUCAGGUUUGUUUGGAUUCUCGUUAACUGUUGUGUUCCAAACCAUCCAGAACUAUCUUGUCGACAUGAACCCCAGAUUUGCUGCCUCUGCCAUUGGUGCUGCAACAGUUUUCAGAUCAGCAUUUGGUUUCGCAUUCCCACUCUUUGCAGACCAGAUGUACGCUAAACUCAACUACGGCUGGGGUAACUCCCUGUGUGGCUUCAUCGCUCUUCUCCUGGGUGUUCCCUUCCCACUCUUUGUGCUCAAGUAUGGAGAGAGAAUGAGAUUGUGGGCCAACCACAGAAUGGAGCUGGAGCAGGCCAAGAGAGAUGUAAAGCACUUGGAGAGAUUGAAGACUCAGCAAGCUGAGAGAGCUGCCAAUUUGGAGAAGUUCUUGGCCGAGAAGAACGGUACUAUCAGCUCCCACGAGGAAAAGACAGAGUCUCACGAGGAGACGGAAUAUAAGAAGGCAGACUCCAUUGGGGGCACUCAGUAG